AUGAUGUCAACUUAUGAAGAAGAUUCAUCAUGCUGCAUUGAAGACGCAAAAGCGAUAUUUAAUCGAUAUGCUGAAGCUCACAAGGAUUUUCAAGCUCCACAAUCACACAUCGAUAUUGAAACAGAGUCAGAUGAAACCACUAAAGUACAUAUGGAAGUGCAACAUAAUGGAAUACAAUAUUGCUUUGAGUCGAUAAAAGAAAAAGACAUCGAUGAUGUCUACCAUUAUUUAAAUAGUCAGCCUUUGGUUAGAAAAAAAUAUGGUGAUGGUAACACCUUGUCUCUGGCUGCGACAACUGCAAGAGUAAAUACAUUAGUGAGUAGAUUUCGAAACAAAAACUCGCCUCUGCAUCUCUAUAGUGGAUUCAUAGUUUCUGAUGCCCAGACAGAGACGUUUCUGGGUAUGGUCAAUUUGGGGUCUGGCCCCGAGCCUGGUACUUCAGAGAUGGCUCGCUUGAACAGAUCGGAAUGUUGGAGUCAUCCACCAGACGUAGUUUCAACUUAUGCAAUUAUGGAUUCUAAUAUUAUCAAUAGAAAAGCAUAUUCUGGGAUUGGCACAGUAGAGGCAUGUACUUUAUUGCAAUAUGCUGCUCGAUUAAAACAGGAAGGCUAUAGAGUAAAUUAUCAUCCGCUUACGGCAGUAGUCGCUACGGCCAGAGUGGAUAAUGAAGGCUCCUGGAAAUCUAAUGCCAAAGCUGGAAUGAUACUAUGUGAUGUCGAUGUUUUUUCUUCUUAUGGAUCACAUUUACGCUAUCAGUUACGUAAAAAUAUGUAA